ACUAUACCACAAAGGAGUAGAAAGGAGUCAAGCGAGUGUUGUGAGAUUAUCGUGUGUAGUUACAUGUGAACAAAACUAACCGUAUCGCUUUAGGAGGACAUCGAUGUAUUUGUUAUUUAAAUGUAUUACUCGCAAUAGAUAUGACGGAAAUGUUUUCAACUCUUUAUGGGCAAAAUGAAGCUCAGGGACCUCCUGGAUCGUCUCUGGGAUUUGGACCUGGAAAGCCACCACCCCCUGUGCCGCCAAACCAAGUCCCGAUCUCGGCCCAGAUGCCACCUCAGCUCGGGGAUGAGGGGCCUGUUCUACGGAAGCCAGGAGCCAUGAACGAACCUUUUUAUUUACUGCGAGAACUACCAGGUAAAGUUAACAUUUCAGUGUGGGCACUAUGUAAUAUGUUUAUUCGUACCCGAGUGGAGGAUUUGAAGUAAUUUUUGCUAGACCCUUAGGUUAUUUUCUAAUAACCAUCGAGAGCGUCCUGACUGGUUGCAUCACCGCCUGGUAUGGCACUACAGAGGGUAGUGCGUACGGUCCAGUACAUCACUGGGGCCAAGCGUCCUGCCACCCAGGACCUCUAUACCAGACCGUGUCAGAGGAAGGCCCUAAAAAUGGUCAAAGACUCCAGCCACCCUAGUCAUAGACUGUUCUCUCUGCUACCGCACGGCAAGCGGUACCGGAGCGCCAAGUCUAGGUCCAAAAGGCUUCCAUAACAGCUUCUAUCCCCAAGCCAUAAGACUCCUGAACAGCUAAUCAUGGCUACUCGGACUAUUUGCAUUCCCACCCCCUCUUUUACGCUGCUGCUACUCUGUUUAUUAUCUGUGAAUAGUCACUUUAACUCUACCCACAUGUACAUAUUACCUCAAUUACCUCGACUAACCGGUACCCCCGCACAUUAACUCUGUACCCUGUAUAUAGCCUCCCUACUGUUAUUUAAUUUUACUGCUGCUCUUUAAUUAUUUGCCUUUUUUUUAUUUACUUAACACAUUUUUUUCUUUUUUCUUAAAACUGCAUUGUUGGUUAAGGGCUUGUAAGUAAGCAUUUCACUGUAAGGUCUACACCUGUUGUAUUCGGCGCAUGUGGCAAAUACAAUUUGAUUUGAACUAAUGUAAGCCGUUGUGAGCUAGCUGGGUAUUGGCUAGUUAGCCCAGCGGCUAGUAGAACGUUAAUAAUCAGGUUUUUCUGUGACCUAUUGUGUGUAAUAUUGAUAUAUCAAUUUCGAAGUGCACUUCUUACAUUAGCCAUCACAAGUUACUCUCUCUGGAGUCUGGACCCUAGUAGUAUGUGACAUUGACGUCUGUAUGGACUAACUCUGGAUCUUGUUACUGUAUUGACAGUGUAUUUCUUUUAUUUGCCCCACAGUGGGCAAUGAGCUGACUGGCAACACCAACCUCAUUACCCAUUACAACCUGGAGCACGCUUACAACAAGUUCUGUGGCAAGAAGGUCAAGGAGAAGCUCAGCAACUUUCUGCCAGAGUUACCAGGUGAAUUACCAUGCAACACCUUUACUAUGUCUGUCUGUGUGUGUCCCCGUCCCUCCGUAAGUGAUUUAUGUCGUCACAUCCCGCUGAGUAUCCCCACCUCACUUGCCUCUUCCCCAUCUCUCCUUUUUCUCUGAGUAAUAAAUGGUAUGUUUUUCCCCUGUCUCUCCUGUGUCUGUAGGUAUGAUAGACUGGCCUGGUACCCAGGAUGGCAGUUCAUUGCGCUCUCUGAUAGAGAAGCCUCCAGUGUGUGGGAACUCCUUCAGCCCUCUGACUGGAGCCAGCCUCACCGGCUUCAGACUGCACACCGGACCGGUAAUGACAGACAUACACACACACACACACCUUCCUUUGACCACAAUACUCACACAUUUUUAGGGUACUUUAUUCAUCAACAUUAGGCCUCCGUAUCAUUUCUGUACUGUUAACGAAGAUGUGAAGAUGUUAUAUACUCUCUGUGUGUUUUUGUUCCAGCUACCGGAGCAGUACCGACUGAUGCACAUCCAGCCUCCAAAGAAGAAGAGCAAACACAAGCACAAACACAACCGACCACAGGAUCCCAUACCGCAAGGUAACACACACACAUACACACACACACACACACACACACACACACACACACACACACACACACACACACACACCACCAUCUCACAGCCUUUGAAACCCUUCUGUCUUCACAGAGACCCCCUCAGACUCUGACCCCAAGAAGAAGAAGAAAAAAAGGGAUGAGGACCCCGACCGCAAGAAGAAAAAGAAGGACAAGAAAAAGAAGAAGGUAAGUCUACUGUCCUGAUCCUUUCUCCAUCUCUUGCACUGAAAUUGGUAUAUAGGAGGCCUAUAAGCCUGCAACCUUGUCCCCUGGCUAAUUUCUCAUAUGCUCGACGACUCAAAUGUGGGAGUGAACUAUGGCUGUCCCCGACAAAAAUAAUAAUCUUGGUCUGUUCUAUCAACCAAUUUAAAAAAAUGUAUUUUUCCAUAUAUUGACACAUCCCAUGUGUUUUAAUCAAAUCAACUAUAUGUGUGACUAGCACCCGUUGUCUCUCUCUCCUCCCCGCUGCAGCGACCACCACAGAACAUCAACAGUGUGUAUUGCGCUGUCCGUGUUGCUGAAGCUGCAACAUAAUUAGUCAUUUCUGACUGAAAAGUUAGGUUACCGAAAUCCCUAAUUUGUUUAGGAAAAACAUUCCCUAUUCCCUCAACCCUUGCUCUCUUUACGUGACAUAUGUAUGCUUCGCAUGCACAUGACCAAUAGGGCCUGACCUAUAUCAUAAUCACAUCAAUAAAUUGGUUAUAACAAACUCUGAACACCGUAACACAUGUGACAGCAAAAUAGAUGCAGAGGACAUGACAAAUAAACUCGAAAUGGGGGAAUGUUUACUGGUUGCGUAGGAGGUAAAGGGGAAGUCAGAUGUGUGGUAUAAAUUUGACUAGUUGUGGAAAAUCAGAGAUCAAGAAAAAUAAGGUAUGGAGCAAGCACUGUGUGCAUAUUAGGCCUAUGUGUGCCAAACAGGUGCUGUUAGAUUACAAUAUAAUUUUUCUGACGGUUUGGAACAAUGUAAACAACACAAAAUAAAUUAUAUGCGUACCAGAGUCUGUUUUAAUGUUUUUUCUUUUUUUUAAUGUAAAGCCUUUAAUACAGCAAAGACUAAAAACAGUCAUUCAUGAAUGCAAUUUCUGAAAUGGAACUGUUUAGGCCCAUUUAUUGUUUACGCUAAUUAUUCAAUGGUCGCUUUGUUAUUUUAUUUAAAACUAAAAUGCUUGAUUGCAUUUCACGCCAUGAAUGACUCGUAUGCCGUGUGAUGAUAUGAAUGAAUAAAUUAUUGAUUGAUACAGUAGCCUAUAUAUAUAUUGAAAUAUAGGCCUAAGUAAGUUACGGUAUUAAGACUAAACAGGAUGCGCACUUAGGCCUAGAGCUCGAUGAUGGUUAUACAAGGCUGCUAUACUAAGCCUACUAAUGAUAAUGACAUUACUUAUUAUUAUUAUUAUAAUGAUGAUCAUAAUAGUAAUAACAAUAAGAAGGAGAUCAAUAAAAAGAAGGGUUGUUGUUAUUAUUAUUAUUAUUAUAAAUAAAUUUGGACAAUUUGGAACAGUUUAAACGAUACUAAAUACAUUAUAAAUAAUACCAGAGAUGCUGGUCUAACGAAAAAAAGUGUAAAGCCUUUAUUACAGCAUAACAGACGGUGCUCACGGAACCAGUAGGCUAUUAAACAAACACUCAAACAGGCAACAGAAGCAGGAUCUGUCUUAUUUCUGUAGCUAUACAGUACCAGUCAAAAGUUUGGACCCACCUACUCAUUCAAGGGUUUUUCUUAAUUUUUUACUAUUUUCUACAUUGUAGAAUAAUAGUGAAGACAUCAAAACUAUGAAAUAACACAUAUGGAAUCAUGUAGUAACCAAAAAAGUGUUAAACAAAUGAAAUUUGCCACCCUUUGCCUUGAUGACAGCUUUGCCCACUCUUGGCAUUCUCUCAACCAGCUUCACCAGGAAUGCUUUUUCAACAGUCUUGAAGGAGUUCCCACAUAUGCUGAGCACUUGUUGGCUGCUUUUCCUUCACUCUGCGGUCCGACUCAUCCCAAACCAUCUCAAUUGGGUUGAGGUCGGGUGAUUGUGGAGGCCAGGUCAUCUGAUGCAGCACUCCAUCACUCUCCUUCUUGGUCAAAUAGCCCUUACACAGCCUGGAGGUGUGUUGGGUCAUUGUCUUGUUGAAAAAUAAAUGAUAGUCCAACUAAGCGCAAACCAGAUGGGAUGGCGUAUCGCUGCAGAAUGCUGUGGUAGCCAUGCUGGUUAAGUGUGCCUAGAAUUCUAAAUAAAUCACAGACAGUGUCACCAGCAAAGCAUCCCCACACCAUCACACCACCUCCUCCAUGCUUCACGGUGGGAACCACACAUGCGGAGAUCAUCCAUUCACCUACUCUGCGUCUCACAAAGACACAGCAGUUGGAACCAAAAAUCUCAAAUUUGGACUCAGCAGACCAAAGGACAGAUUUCCACCGGUCUAAUGUCCAUUGCUUGUGUUUCUUGGCCCAAGCAAGUCUCUUCUUCUUAUUGGUGUCCUUUAGUAGUGGUUUCUUUGUUUUGGUUACUGUUUCGUGUGUUUAUUAGUUAAUAAACAUGUUCGCCGUUCACGCUGCACCUUGGUCCGUCCCGUUCCUUAACGUAUGUGACAGGUGGCUACUUUGAAGAAUCUCAAAUAUAAAAUAUAUUUUCAUGUGUUUAACACUUCUUUGGUUACUACAUGAUUCCAUAUGUGUUAUUUCAUAGUUUUGAUUUCUUCACUAUUAUUCUACAAUGUAGAAAAUAGUAAAAAUAAAGAAAAACCCUGGAAUGAGUAGGUGUUUCCAAACUUUUGACUGUUACUGUAUAUGGAUGAUUUAUAAAGCCAGGCACAUUUAACAGUUAGGCUAUUGAUUAUAGACCUAAUUAAAUUGGGGUUUUCUCUCCUCACUUUUCUUAGACAAUAAGGAAAGGGCUGUUUUCUCAUCUCCUCAUUCUACUGCUGCCUCCGCCGCAUUGUUCUCAACACCAAUAUGCUGGUUAACUUUGCUAUUAUGCACAUAGCAACAUGGUUUAGAAAAGGCGCCAAUUCAACAGCACACUGAUGUGUUUCAGUACCGUGGACAGCAACCGCUAUCCAACAAGGGGGAAAGCGCAUCUGUUAUAAAAUAAUAUCAUUUUUGUUAGUGUUGUACCAUUGUUCCUACGUAAUAUAGCCAUAUACAAUUUCAGUAGCACGUCUUAGACUGAUGGACUGUACCAUCCCCACGGCCUCCACAAUGGAUCAGUCCACUCAGACAGGAGCCAAUCAGACAGGUGUCUUGUACGCCAUGAUUUUUAUUUUAUUUUAUUGCUACUGCUCGACUAAAGAAAUCUCGGGCGACCAUCAGCCUAUCGAGCAAACAAUCGACCAGUCGACUAAAUAAAAUAAUGUAUCAUUAUUUGAUCUUAGCGAAUCACAUGGCUGCAAGCUGUGGCUCUAAAUCAGGAAACAUGCGGUGUGCUAGCAAAAUCAUUCCCCCAAGUUUUGAGAGACUAAACGGUAGCUGUCUGCCUUUGAGCUAGCUAACUUAUCGUAUUGCUGGCUAUAUAUCAAAAUCUGUGUAGUCAACGUGUGUUGCGCUUGUGGGGAAAACUUACUGUCCCAAUACAAAUAACAUAAUGGGCUGAAAUCUACUGGAAAAUCGCUGAAAUCUCCAUGUUGCGUCAAACAAACGCAUACAGGGGGAACAUAAACAGUGGUACACAAAACGGGGAUACGAGUUCAGAGGGAGGUGAUUGAUUAGAGAUGAAGCCAAUGGCUAUGGAUCGGGACUUUUUCUAUAGUGUUUCUGUCUGUCCUUACAGAACCGCCACAGUCCGGACCACCCUGGCCUGGCUGGCUCGCAGCCCAACAGCCUACGAUAGACCAGACCGAGACAACAAGUGUGUGUGUGUUUGAGAGAGAAGCUGUGUGUGUGUGUUUAGAAGAAUUAGGAAAUGUUUAGGAGAGUAUGUAUGCAGAUACGAGAGAUUAUGCUUGUGUGAGAGGGAGGGAAAAACAUGAGUCUAUGUAUGUCAUGUGAGUGAGAAACGUCAAAAGAGUGUGUUUGUGGUAGAUUUUUAAUAUUGUUCGAGGCCACUGAUGUUCUGAAUGAGUGUAUAUUAUGU